UCUUGUGCAGUCCUUACAGAAUACAGAGGAAAUGAUACAUAGGCUUCGAGUUCCCGACUGAGAGAGAGAGAGAGAGAGAGAGAGAGAGAGAGAGAGAGCGAUACAAUGUUAGGCUCUCCAUUGCUAGCUUCCCAGCAACCUUGCGAUGGCACCACUGUCUCGUCGCCGCAACCACUCGUUUCGAUUAACGAUGCCACUAACGCCAAGAAAAAGCGAAGGCCGGUGGGCACUCCAGAUCCGGAUGCGGAGAUCGUAUCUCUGUCGCCGAGGGCGUUGCUGGAGUCGGAGCGGUACGUGUGCGCGAUCUGCAACCAGGGAUUCCAGAGAGACCAGAAUCUGCAGAUGCACCAGCGGCGGCACAAGGUGCCGUGGAAGCUGCUGAAGCGGGAGGCAACGGAGGUGCGGAAACGGGUGUACGUGUGCCCGGAGCCGACCUGCCUUCACCACGACCCGCGCCAUGCCCUCGGCGACCUGGUGGGAAUCAAGAAGCAUUUCCGGCGCAAGCACAGCAGCCACCGGCAGUGGGUCUGCGACAAAUGCUCCAAGGCCUACGCCGUGCAAUCCGACUACAAGGCCCACCUCAAGACCUGCGGCACCCGCGGCCACUCCUGCGACUGCGGCCGCGUCUUCUCCAGGGUGGAGAGUUUCAUCGAGCACCAAGGCACAUGCGCCGCCGGCCGAGCUCGUGCGGAGCUCCACAUGUCCCAGCCGCCCGCCUGCCUGUCUAGGAUGACCUCAAGCCCGAGCCCGUCGAGUGACACCAACUUCAGCCCCAUGACGUGGCCCAUCCUAAUUAGAACGCCGAAUCCGACGGCCGCCGUCUUCCUCACCCUGCCGGAUCAACCGUCCUCGGCGCAACUCGACAAACAUUGCACUCGGAACAUCGAGCUCCAGCUCCUACCUCCAUCCGGCAACCAGAAUCUCGCCCUCUCCUCAUCUGCAUCGUCUCCUGCAACUGAAGACGCCGAAGUCACCAAAUUGCAGCUCUCGAUCGGGCCUUCUGCUGACCACGCUCCGGCCGAGGAUCAACAAUUGGCUGCCACUAGACUCAAAGACGAGACGAUGGAGCAGCUAAAGCUCGCCAUGGCCGAGAAGGUACUGGCCGACGAGGCGAGGCAUCAUGCGAGGCAACAUCUCGGGUUAGCCCAGCACGAGUUCGAGACCGCUAAACGGAUCAGGCAACAGGCACAGCUGGAGCUGAAUCGAGCUUACGCCAUCAGGGAGCACGCUCUGAAGCAGAUCAACUCCACGCUGAUUCACAUCACUUGCUACGCUUGCAAGCAGCGGUUCCCGGAGAAGCCCGCAAUGGCCUCCGAGGAGAACUCUUUCGUCGUGAGCUACAUGUCGUCGGCGGUGACCGAGGGCGAAGAGGAGAACGAAGACCACGACCGUCAACAGAAGAUCUCAAAAUCGUAGCUUUCCAGUAUUAUUUGGAUUCCUGUACUAAUUGAUGCAUGUAAAUUACCUUCAAUGUUCGGUGUGCAUGUCAAGAGCGUCAUUGUGAAGUGCAACGUGCUUCUCUAUGUGCAAGUGAGGUUCUUGAUUAAGACAAUGGUCAAUUAAUGAUAGGCAGGUGUGCUUCCUUGUGUCU